GUCCGAGACGCAGCGGCAGCUCUCGGCUCAGUCGACGAGGCGUAGCGCCCGACAGCAGCAGUGUGAGAGAGAGGAGUCGCAGUCGUAGUCGUUUCGAGAGCUGUUGUGCAGUCGCGUUACGCCGCGCCGCGUACCGUGGAGCCGGAUCGGGUCGGAGGGCGCGGAGAGCGAACGCGGAGUCUUACAACGCAUGAGCCACGGCGACCCCAGCCGUGCCGUGCGUCGGUUUCGUCUGGCGCGCUAGUGCGCGUGAGCGGGACAGCGACCCGGACAGCGCGCUGGGAGGCGGAGGGUGGCUCGCCCGCGCGGCGGCCCCCCGCUACAUGGCCACCACGACCUACCUGCCCGCUAGCACGGGGCUCGCGCAGGACAUCGACGGUGGCGGAGCGUCAUCGGGGGCUAUGAACAUCGCCGGAGGGUACCAUAGCUCGUCCCCGCGCUCCGGCGACAGCGGAGGCGGCGGGGGCGGCGGAGGCGGCGCCGCCGAGGUCAAGUACCUGCCGCCGCACCAGCAGCACCACCACCAGCAGCAGCAGCAGCAACAGCAGCAGCACCACGCCGUAGCCAGCUCGCCGUCGCCCACGCUGUCGCACAACCCUUGGGCGAGCCUGGGUCCCGCGCCCGGACCGGGCCCCGGCCCCGGGCAGGACCCGUGGGGCGGCAUGGUGGCGCACCACCAUCACCACCACCACCACCAUCAGCCGGAUAUCAAGCCGCCGCCCACGCAGCAGCAGCAACAGCAGCAGCAGCAGCAGAUGUCGUGGCACGCGCCCGUCGUGUCCGCGGCCGCGGCGCAGUACUUGGCCCAGAGCGGGGGCGGCGCGGGCGGCGGAGGCGGUGGCGGUGGAGGCGGCGGCGGCGGCUCCGGGUCACCCCUGCAACACCACUACCACGCCGCCAUGAACGGCAUGCUGCACCCGCAACAACUCCACUCGCUACGCGAAAUGCAGAACCACAGCCCGGUGGCGGUCGGGCUGCACCACCACGUUAUGGGCCACCACGGCGGCCACCACUUGCACCACCCGGCGGCGGCGCACCACGUCACGCACCACGCGACGCACCACGCGCCGCACCACCUGCACCACUCGGUGGGCGGCGGCCACCACGGGGACCCGCGCGCCGGCAGCGGGCCCGGGGGCGGCGGACCGGGUGACCCGGGCCCCGGGGGCGGCGGCGGGCCCGGCGACGAGGACACGCCCACCUCCGACGACCUGGAGGCGUUCGCCAAGCAGUUCAAGCAGCGCCGCAUCAAGCUGGGCUUCACGCAGGCCGACGUGGGCCUCGCGCUCGGCACGCUCUACGGCAACGUCUUCUCGCAGACCACCAUCUGCCGCUUCGAGGCGCUGCAGCUCAGCUUCAAGAACAUGUGCAAGCUCAAGCCGUUGCUGCAGAAGUGGCUCGAGGAGGCCGACUCGACGACCGGCUCGCCCACGUCUAUCGACAAGAUCGCGGCGCAGGGCCGCAAGCGCAAGAAGCGUACGUCCAUCGAGGUGUCGGUAAAGGGCGCUCUCGAGCAGCAUUUCCACAAGCAGCCCAAGCCGUCGGCGCAGGAGAUCACGGCGCUCGCGGACUCGCUGCAACUCGAGAAGGAGGUGGUGCGCGUGUGGUUCUGCAACCGGCGCCAGAAGGAGAAGCGCAUGACGCCGCCCAACACGCUGGGAGAGGGCGGCAUGCUGGAGGCGGGCGGCCCCGGGGGCGGAGGGCCGGGCGGGCUGCCGCCGCCCCCGCACGGCCACUACGGAGGCCCCGGCGGGCCACCCCCGGGCCAGCCGGCCGACCUGUCGCCCAUGGGCCCGCAGCAGCACGGCCACUCGCACAGCCCGCCCAUGCUGUCGCCGCAGGCCAUGCCGACGCACCAGAGCCUCGCGGCCCACUAGCACAUCGCCUAAGGCCGGCUCUUCCGACACGCCUACUACUGGCCGUAGGCGCGCCGGAGCUCCUGCCCGCAAGCAAGCAAGCACCCCCGGCGGACGCGUCCGCCACCAGCCGGCCAGGACCAGCGAACUCGCUAGCACGGACUACUUGCCCCCCCUCUGCACAUAACCCAGUGUACAUACUAAUCCUAGUUGGAGAAUCUAUAUACAUAAAUAUAUAUUAUAUAUAUUAUACGCGCGAUGUGGACACGGCCGCGUGGUGCGGAGCGGCACACAAGCCUAACACACACGAGUGUACGAUGUUCCAAUAUUUGUAUAUUCAGGAUCUUAAAACAAAACAAAAAAAUACGAAUGUAUAAAUAUAUUUGCGACAGAGCUCUUUUUUAAACAAACGAACAGACACGGGUGAGGGGUGAGGACGGGCGAACGCAGACGACCACCCGCGCGCUCGCGACCCCUCGGCAGCUGCAGCAGACCCGCGAGCGUCCACCGGCAGCGCAGCGACGACGCCCUGCGUCGCCGACCCCCUCGACGCCAGGGACUUCUCGCCGCGUCGCCACGGCGUCCUUCCCCCACGUCGACCAAGGUAGGAACCAAACCAGAGGCCGACGAGUGUCUACCCGUGUGAGUGUGCACAGCGUCAAGAACCGCUGGGAGAAAAGAAAAACAAAACAGUUGGUGCAGCGGUUAUUCUGUUGUUUUUUUAAUGAAAAAGAAAAAAAAUCAAAAGGUGUAAACCGUAAAAAAUACUAAAACAGCGAAAAACCAGCCAAAUAAACAUGAAUGGUGUUGUUCUUUUGCAGGAAAUAAAUGAUAAACCGGAGAAAUUAUUAUACGUACCUACAAUAGUGUCCUAUUUGCACGUGUUGUUUCCUUUUACAUGAUUAAUAACAAACAAACAAAAAAAGUUACGGUGAAUAUUUUUACUACCCGGAAAGUACACGAAUCUCGCGAAGUAAUGAGUGUAAUAAACGUAGACGACGAAGGCGUCAAGCUAGAGUGUUUUUUGCGGUUGUUUAGUUUUUAGCUUUUGUUUCCCUCGUAGGGUUGCACUGAAUGAUCGUUUUUCUUUUCUUUCUUCCUACGUCGAAUAUACAAAAAUAAAUAGCAGAGUCUGCGAUGUCGGUAGCACGGAUUUGAGAUAUGAGUCUCCGAGCUCCACAAGAAAUGAGUUUGUGUCUCGUACCGGACCUCCAUAAAAAAUAAAAAAAAAAAAUGUGUUUCUCGUCGUUAGGCCUAAACUCGA